GAAAGUGUUCAUUGCAGAUCCAAUUUAGUUCGGGCGUGGUUAGCAGUACUCCAGUUAUAUCGAGUCCGUGUACAUGCCCAACAUUUACCGUGCGCGUUGGCUUGGUUCCCCUGGCCAAACGAUGAAAUUCGCCGGUAUGUGGUUCCUUUGCGCCUUGGUGCUGCUGGAAAGACUCUCCGGAACACAGGCCGCUUUUGGAGAUGAUAUUUCGCAGGAUAACGAAGACAACAGAUUCGCAGUCAUGGGCCAAGUAACCAAGGAUACCUUCGAUGUACAAAGUGGAAACGUCACCCUACAGCUGAAUGUGCAAGACACGGUAGGCACCAUGGAUUUCUGGCUUCUUGACUUCCAAGAAUACAGAUUUAAUCUGGAUGCUUUGCCUGUGGAUGAAUCCACUGGAAUGUUGAUGAAGGAUAGAACUUCUGCUUGCUCCAAUGUCUACGAAGAUGCUAACUGGGAUACCUUCUUCAACGACAGUUACAUCCAGAACGCAGGAAGGGGCUCUUUGGCAACAAAAAGUCUCUUUACACAAAUUCAGAGGGGAGAAGAGGACAGUGAUGGCAUCAUGCGAAACAACAAACUCAUCUUCCAAGGUGACAUGGCGACUUUCGCCAACUGCAAGGAUUCCAGUGACGAGGAAUUCAUCUGGGAGAUGACAGCUGUUACUACUGAUGAGAUUGAAUACCGAACCAAGUUGUAUGCAACCAACAUCAGACCAAAAGACCCUCAAGACUCAAAGGGAGGCAUCUCAUUUGUGCAGUCACACAUUGAGUUGAUUUGGAGAAUCUCCCGAUCAGUCAUGGCCAAGUUCUUGAUCAGUUCCACUGCUCUGAUCAGACCCAUCUUGGAGUUUGCUCGAGUCUCGGCUGUUUAUGAUGAUCAGGAUAGAGCUGUACCCACCCAGUCAGCACUCCAUAUCAGGUUUCGAACAGUGGUUGAUGAAGAUGAUCAAAUGGUCAGUUAUGAAAACAACAGCAUAACAUACAUCCCAGAAAACGUCAACCAUGGCCUGAAUACAGUCCUCUACCAACCAGUAGGGACACUAGAUGCGUCACCGCCAUGUAAUUUCGUACUAGAUGAAGGAACUCAAACACAAAGACAAUGUCAACAGACUUGGGAAUUCAAAAUGAUACUGGAUAUCGAUGCAUCAACCCAAGUUGACAAUCGAGUACCCAUCGAUGCUAGUGGAACAUUUGAAUUUCUCUACAUGCCCUACAGGUGUGGCCUUGUGAACCUGACAACCCUGAACCUGACAACUUGUGUGGCAAUGAGUGUGGACCCAGCUAAGAUCUCAGCAUUAAUCACCAUCCAGACUACAGUGUUUGUACAAGAUGAAGAAGAUGAUCAAGUCACCAUUAUACUCCAUUCACUGACUGGCGCAAGCAACGAGGAUCUCAGCUAUGGUACAGGAUCCAGAGGUGUAGCUCACAAGGAGUAUGUUGAACUGAGAGUUAAAUUCUCUCCUGCCUUGCUGCGAAAAGAUUAUGACCUAUAUCUGCUACUCUUCAUGGUGUGUAAAGGGGAGGAAUAUGCCAGUGGAGAAUUUUUACAGGGAUGCCUACAAGCCCCUUCUACAGAUCGCUACAUUGCACACCUGGAUGCAAGCUUUAACUACAUCCCUCGCAUCACUGAUGAGAAUGGAACAGUGGUUCUCCUGGAUCACUACAAUACUAGUCAUGUGCAAAAUGACUAUGUGCAAAACUUGGAUCAACAGGAGUACUUGCGUACAGAAUCUGGAGAGACUCUUGCAAUUCCUGUGCAUCGAUCCACCUUCUACAACGUUGCACUCUCCGCCGAAUCUGACAUCUACACCAUCACGGUAGUCUUCCGACUCGUCGAAGCUCCAGGAAGAAAACGAAGAGCAGCCUUGCCACACAUGCAAGACAUCGUCCUAGCUAAAAGUGUGGUUGGCCAUGCAGGAAUAGGCAGAACAACAGGUACGAUCAUCACCCGUCAUUCCCGUGAUGUUGAAGAUAGCGUACAAGACACUCACGCCAAUAAAAUCCCCUUCUUGUCUUUGGGAUGUCCGGAGGAAGCCACACAUGUACUUGAGGAACUAGAUUGCAAGUGCCCAGCAGGAAUGAUGUAUGACUUGAAUUCCUUCAACUGUGAGGCAGCAUCAAUUCUUGAAGAUGUCAAAGAAGUGAAAAAUGAUGAUCAAGUCAGUGACACCAAGGAAACAGCCAGUGCUGAACACAGUGCUUGCUCUGUGUUGCUCAUUGUGCUUGCAAAUUCACUGAUUUUCCUCUUGUUGAAAAAUUAAUGAUUUGAAUUAUGGAAAAGCGACGGAAAGAAAUUUGAAAAUGUUCACUGUGAUAGACCUAAUUCAUCCCACAGAAUUACCUGAAUCAGAAAACCUUUACUAAAUUGCAUGACGGGAAUAUUGAAACCAGCUAACAAUUAUUCAAGCAGUAAAUACAAGGAAUCACACAAACGUUUGAGAGGUUUAAUACAAUACUUGUUUGGCAAUCACAGAUUGUGGAAUUAAAUUUCUUGCGACCACAUUUACUUAUUAACAAUACACUCAGUUAGGAUCAAAGUUGUUCCAAAAGUAAAUCUACAGUUAUGAGUAACCAUUUUCAAGACUGGUCUAUAAACUAUAAACAAAUUAUGGAGAUCCAUACGACUAGGUCAUCAAAUGGCUUUUGGAUCUCAGUCAAAUCUUUAAAAUGUCUUUCAUGUUGCCGUCAUAAGAUGACUAAAGUGAUAUUGCAGUAUACAAAAUUGAAGUAUUGAAUGAAUUUUAUCCUGAAUUUUCAUCCAUUUUUCAGCUAUAAUGGUGAAGUAUAUUCUUAGUAAAAAGCUUUACUUUCAUUAUUCCACGCAAUUAACUUUCCAAGGAUUUUAACAAAUUGAAUUUAUUCCUAAAUAUAGCUUUAUGCAAAUUAUUCUGUUUACUGAUCAUUUAACAGUUUGUGUGUUCCUUAAAAGUGUAUAUAAAUCGAUUAAUAAUCGGAGUUAAAUGUCCAAGGUUGGGUCAAAAGAUUAAAUGAAAAAAAAAAUGCUUUAGUUAUUCGUAUUCAUAAUUAAAUUCCAUUAAUUUUGUAUUUGUGAACUCAAUGUUUUUGGUGAUUGUCUACAUGCACUGUUACAUCAAGUAAACUAGCAAAGUUUUAACUACAUUUGCACUUUCUCAAAUCACUCAGUUUGACCUCAUUUAAAAUUUGGAUGUAUUGGAAGAGAUAUAUAUUAAAUUUACCAAGCAUUGCCUUAAAA